GAGACCAAGUUCUCAAAAACCCUAGGCUUAAACCCUAGGCUUCUCUCUCCCGCAGUGAGUCCCCCCUCUCUCUUGCGCACACCGACCUCUCUCUCUCUAUCUCCCCCCGUCGAUCACUACCCUAAUCACCAAAACUCAAUUCUAUCUUUCUCUCUCUCUAUCUGGUUCCUCGAAAGUCUGAUUGCAAACAGUGAAAAGGAUUCAAAGUAGCCUUCUUCCCCGUCGGCCGGCGCCCGCCGCCUGCGCCACCGCCCGCGCCACCACGCCGUCGCACCACCUCUCAACUCCACUCAAGCCUCCUCAUCGCCUCCAGGUUGCAGGAUGGAGGCUACCAUGUCUAAUUCUAAUCAAAUAGAAGGGAUUGGAGAUGGUUGGGACUCAGGCAUGGAUGGAAGCAAUGCACUUAUUUUACCCGAGAAGAAAAAGAGCAAAAUUAAAGAAACGGGAAAGGGCUUGAAGAAGAGAAAAGACAAGCAAGCACCACCAGUUAGCAAAAGCAAACUGAAGAAAAUGAAAAAGUUGCUGGAGGAGAAAGAGAAGAAGCUGUUGCAAAACAAAAGCAUUGAGAUUUUAAAGAAGCAUAAGUUAUGGGAUGGGGCAUAUUCACUUUUACAAUCUUCGGGAACAAUUGGUCAUGCUGACACUGUGAAGGAGAAGCGUAGAAGAGCAGUGCAACUCUCUAAAGCAGGACUGGAAGUGCCCGAGGAUCUUUCUUGGUUGAAAAGCAAGAAAAAGAAGAGCAUUCCUUGUGAUGAGGAAGCUGUUUUGAACCACGAUUUCGGUCAAAGUUAUUCACGCAAUACACUUAUGGAUAAUGAUGCGAAGGUUGUGGAAUGUCUGGAAGUUGAUGAUCGCAAGCAUAGCCAGGCUGCUGAAACCCGUUUAGAGGAAGUUAGUAAAAUCUCAACUAUUUCAGAUGGGAGAUCAAAUCCAGUAACACCGCCCCCAGAAUGUAUACAUAAUGAUUCAGACAUAUGCGUUGGUAAAGAGCAGAAUGAUGCUCCUUCUGUUCUGGGUAGUUGUAAGGAAGGAAAGGACACCCGGUCUCAGGACCAGAAUGUUUGUAAUUCAAUUGUGAAGGACAUGGAAAUCACUUCAAAUAAUAAAUUUCAACAUCUGACUGCUCCUGUUGUGGUGCACGUAUCGCGGCCAAAGGAUAUUGAACUGAAGAGGAGAGAUCUUCCAAUAAUUAUGAUGGAGCAGGAGAUAAUGGAAGCUGUAAAUGAGCAUUCAAUUGUAAUUUUAUGUGGAGAAACAGGAUGUGGUAAAACUACUCAAGUACCUCAGUUCUUAUAUGAAGCUGGUUUUGGGUCAAAAAAUUGUAAUGACCGGAAAGGAAUCAUUGGUGUUACACAACCGCGACGUGUAGCUGUUCUUGCCACUGCCAAGAGAGUAUCCUUUGAGUUGGGUUAUUGUCUUGGAAAGGAGGUUGGUUUUCAAGUUAGGCAUGAUAAAAGGAUAGGAGAUCGUUGCUCUAUCAAGUUCAUGACUGAUGGAAUUUUACUUCGAGAAGUUCAGAGUGACUUCUUACUGAGGCGUUACUCUGUAAUUGUCCUGGAUGAGGCUCAUGAGAGAAGUUUGAACACAGAUAUACUUGUCGGAAUGCUAUCUCGAGUUAUAAAACUUCGCGAGGUUACAAUAGAUAAGUUAUAUUUGGAGCAGCAGGAGAAAAUACUUUCAGGCGUAGAAAUUGACCCUGACAAGAUGAUCACUAAAUUAAAGAUCAUACUUAUGAGUGCUACACUUAGAGUUGAAGACUUCAUUUCUGGCAAAAAAUUAUUUCAUGAGACCCCACCUAUUCUGGAAGUUCCAGUAAGACAAUUUCCGGUGACUAUUCAUUUCUCAAAGAAGACACAUGAGGAUUAUUUAGGUCAAGCUUAUAAGAAGGUUAUGUUGAUCCACAAGAAGCUACCACCUGGAGGCAUACUGGUAUUUGUCACUGGGCAACGGGAAGUGGAGUUCCUGUGUAAGAAGCUAAGGAAAGCAUCAAAGCAAUUAAUUACAAACAAUUCUAAAAGAAACUCAGAUAAUGAUGGGACUGCAAACCUGGACAUGGAAAUGAAGGAUAUCCAUGAAGCAUUUGAGAUAAGCACUACAGACCAGCAGACUGACAGGUUUAGUUCUUUUGAAGAGGAUGAUAACUUCCCGGAGAUGGAUUCUGAUUCAUCUAACUCAGAAACAGACAGUGAUAUUGGGGAUGAUACUGAUACUGAAACAACCUCAGAGAAGACCGAUUUAGUUCUGGAUCUUUUAGGAGAUUCUAGAGGUCUUUUGUCAUUGAAGGCUUCUUUUGAAGCCUUAGCUGGAAAAUCAUGCAACCAAAAUUCUAAAGAAGAACCAACUGCACCAAUGCAUUCCAAAGAAGAGGAGACUCAGUUUGUCCCUUCCACUAUGGGUGAACAAGCGGAACCUACUCCUGUUGGUCCUUUGUAUGUGUUACCCCUUUAUGCAAUGCUACCUGCUUCUUCUCAGCUUCGGGUAUUUGAAGAGGUGCCUGAAGGAGAAAGGCAAGUGGUGGUUGCUACAAAUGUGGCUGAGACUUCUCUGACAAUUCCGGGAAUAAAAUAUGUGGUUGACACGGGAAAAGAGAAGGUCAAGCAUUACAACAUUGCCAAUGGGAUGGAAACAUUUGAAGUCCAGUGGAUAAGCAGAGCCUCAGCAGCCCAACGUGCAGGGAGAGCUGGAAGAACUGGACCUGGCCACUGUUAUCGCCUCUACUCAUCGGCGGCCUUCAGUAAAGAUGAUUUGUUUCCAGAGUUUUCAUGUCCCGAGAUCUCUAAGAUUCCUGUUGAUGGUGUUGUCCUUCUAAUGAAAUCUAUGGGCAUUGAUAAGGUUGCAAAUUUUCCAUUCCCGACUCCUCCAGACACCAGAGCCUUGGUUGAAGCAGAACAUUGCUUGAAAGCUCUUCAAGCACUUGAUAUGCACGGAAAGCUUACACCAAUUGGAAGGGCAAUGGCACAGUAUCCGCUGAGUCCUCGUCACUCCCGAAUGCUUCUUACAGUAAUCCAAAUUAUGAAGAAUCAGCGAGCCUAUGCCCGUGCAAACCUAGUGCUAGGAUAUGCCAUUGCCACAGCAUCAGCUUUAAGCUUUCCAAAUCCUUUUAAGAUGCAGUUUGAUGGAAACCAUGGCAAGUCAGAUGGUUUGAACCAAGAAGAAAUUUCGCAGGACCAAGAGUCAAAGAAGAGGUUGAAGAAGGAAAAAGUUUUGGUAAAAGAAGCUCGUGCCAGGUUACGUAAUCUCAGCAGCGAUGCAUUAACUUUUGCUUAUGCCUUACAGUUGUUUGAACUUGCAGAAAACCAAUUUGAGUUCUGCCAGAAACAUUCUCUUCAUGUGAAGACAAUGGAAGAUAUGUCCAAGUUGAGGAAACAACUGUUACAGCUGAUAUUUUACCAGAGUAAGUUCUCUGAGGAAUUUGGAUGGGAUCAUGGAAGUGCUGAGGAGGUAGAAAUGACAUGGAGGGUUAGUUCCAUUAAGCAUCCAUUACUAAUGAAUGAGGAAGAGCUAUUAGGUCAAGCUAUAUGUGCUGGUUGGGCUGAUAGAGUUGCAAAGCGUGUUCGAAAGAUUUCAGAAUCAUCAGAUAAAGUACGGGCUGUUCGAUACCAGUCAUGUGCCUUAGAUGAUACUAUUUAUCUUCAUCGUUGGUCGUCGGUAUCACAGUCCGCUCCAGAGUUUGUAGUAUAUACUGAGCUCCUUCAGACUAAUAGACCAUAUAUGCAUGGAGCAACCAGUGUGAAAUCAGAGUGGCUAGUUAAAUAUGCUAGUUCUCUAUGCAGUUUCUCUGCACCACUUACUGAUCCAAAGCCUUAUUACGAACCUCUGAGUGAUGAAGUAUUGUGUUGGGUGAGCCCAGUCUUUGGACGUCAUAAUUGGCAGCUCCCUUUGCAUUCUUUGCCUAUUAAGAAUGAUGGACUUCGAGUGUCAGUUUUUGCUUGUGGAUUGCUAGAAGGUUCUGUGCUGCCAUGCAUGAGAACGGCACAAAAGUUGUUGGCUAUGUCGCCUUCAAAUUUAUUGAAGCCUGAAGCAUUGGGUCAGAGAAGGGUUGGAGACCUGCUGAAUGGAUUAAGGAUUGGAUCAAGAAGAAUCGAUAGUCGUGCACGGUUGAGAGAUGCUUGGAAUGAGAAUCCUCGACAUUUAUAUUCGGAGAUCAAGAAUUGGUUUCAAGAAAGAUUUCAUGGUCAGUUUGAGGAGCUCUGGGAACAAAUGCAUCAUGAAGUUCUUGAAGGGCCAGAACUUUUCCGGGGAAGAGCAAAGAAAGAAAAUAAGAAGCCAAAAUGAUAGAAGAAACUAUGGAUCUUUCACAGAAUGCAACUUGAAAAGAAAUGCGGAGAUGACUUCAUUUAUGUUUUCCUUGAGUUUGGUUUAUUCUUUUCUUAAGGAUCCUCUAGAAAAAAGCAGAGUAAAACAUGAAAUUUUUGUAAGUAAGCUUUAUAGAGGGAUGCUUAUUUUCAUCUUUGAGUAAAGCAUUGAAAAUUUUUAAUCUUAGUGGUACUUAGGAGCACAAAAUGUUCAGGUGUUGGGGGGUACAUCUACCGUUGUUGGUCUUUUGCUAUUAAAUAAUGUUAAUUAUUUUUAAUUGGUUGAA